AUGAAUCCACAAAUAUUGGGGGAAGGGAACGUUCUUUUCAAUAUAGUUGGAAUGAAGAGUUGGAAUCUAAAGCAUAAGUUGGAUAAACAUGUUGGUGAGAAACCGAAUAGUCAUCAUAAAAAGUGUGUGAAAGCAUCAUCACUUGAGGCAAUCAAAUAUCUUGUUAGAGGCGAAUUGGCAUUUAGGGCACAUAAUGAGGGUGAAAAUUCUAUUUAUAAGGGUCAUUUCCUAGAAUUUGUAGAAGCCUUGGGAAGAAAUAGUGAGAAAAUAGCUGCAGCAAUAACAAGUGGUGGGGGAAAUUGUAAGAUGACUUCACCUAUUAUUCAAAAAGAACUUGCAAAUGCAUGUGCGGUUGAAACUAUUAAGAAGAUUGUUGGAGAAAUUGGAGAUGGUUUCUUUUGUGUUCUUGUUGAUGAAUCUGGCGAUUGCUCUAGUAAAGAACAAAUGGUUGUUGUAGUGCGGUUUGUUGAUGUUAGAGGGUUUGUUGUAGAAAGAUUUAUCGACAUUGUUCAUGUUAAGGAUACAAGUGCGAUAUCGCUUAAAGGGGCUCUUGAAUGUUUGUUGUCGGGGUUUGGGUUGUGUAUAUCUAAAAUUCGAGGUCAAGGGUAUGAUGGAGCAAGUAAUAUGCGCGGUCAAUUUGGAGGUUUGAAGACUUUGAUUCAAAAGCAAAAUCCGCAAGCCUAUUAUGUCCAUUGUUUUGCUCAUCAACUUCAAUUGGCUCUUGUUUCAAUGGCGAGAAAGCAUGAAGAUGUUGAUUGGUUGGUUGAUUUGUUUACUCCUAUUAUUGAAGUAUUCAAAGAUUUAAAAAGUGAUAGUCAUUCUAAGGAUGAACUAAAAAGUUUGUUACUUGUUAUGCAAACUUUUAGUUUUGUGUUUAUGUUGCACUUAAUGGUUGAGAUUUUACCUUUGACAAAUAAUUUGUCACAAUCAUUGCAAAAUAGGGAUCAAGAUAUUGUGCAUGCCAUGGAACUUGUCCAAAUAUGCAAGAAAAAGUUGCAAGAAUUUAGAGAUGAUGGAUUGGAAACACUUUAUGAGCAAGUUGUGGCUUCUUGUGGUAAUGUUGAAAUUGAUGUGCCUGACAUGGAGUCUCGGUAUGUUAAAGAUAAGAAAUCCAAACGACUUGCUCCUUUUGUUACAAAUUUUCAUUAUUUCAAGAAUGAUUGCUUCUUACAUGUCAUAGAUGUGGUAUUGAAAGAGUUGAAUGAUCGGUUUACACCUGAAAAUACUGAGUUGAUCAAUUGUGUUGCUUGCUUGAGUCCUUGUUAUUCAUUUGAAUCAUUUGACGUUAAAUCACUUGUGAGAUUGGCAAGAUUGUACCCAAAUGACUUUGAGGAUCUUACUGAUAAGGAAUUGUCUAGUGAAUUGGAGACUUAUAUUGAGAGUGUCAAGAUAAACGAUCACUUUUCCAAUUUGACUGGCAUCUCGGAACUUUGUAGGACUCUUGUUUGA